AAUAUCCGGUGACGUCACUUCCCCGCGCGGAUUUGCUUUGUUCCGGCGUCGCCGUGAGACUGAAGAUGUCUGGCGUGUACGAAGCCCCGAAAGCCAGAAUCAACGCGUCCAUGCUGCCGCAGUACACAAACAAGCCGGUCUGCUUCACUGGACGCGUGGAGAAGGUUCAGCCGGCAGGGAAACACUUCACCCUCGCAGACGGGGAGGGCAGGAUGGCGGCCGUCGAGCUAAACGAACCUCUUGACGAGGAGCUGAGUGGUAUUGUCGAGGUUAUCGGUAUGGUGUCCAACAAAGGAACAAUAAUGGCUACUGCGUAUAACAUCCUUCGAGAGGAGAAAGGCAUUCCUUUUGACCUGGAGCUGUAUAACGAAGCCCUGAAGGUGAUCCACGACUUCCCUCAGCACUACCCUUUUGAGGUCACCACCAGUGGAUGAGCAUUUGCAGAUGGGAGUUUCAAGUCUACUUUCCCAGGAUCCCUGUAAAUUCACUUUGUUGUAUGCCAAUUUUUGUUGAUGAGUGGGCAAAUAUUUGUACAAAAUCUGUAAUUUUUUGUUGUUAAAAAUAGCAAACAUAUACCCAGUUACAUUUGUUAGUUUUCGUUUGUGAUGUUGGUGACAGGGUCCUCAAAGGAGGUAAUCCAGACCAAGAAAAUUGCUCACGUUUUCCUUAUCUAUCUUGUGAGUAUUCAGGAAUUUUGUGACAAUAAAAUAGGAAAACUG